AAUCAAACUCCCUAUUUUUUUACCUUGAUAAGUAAUGAAGGGAUUUUAAAGACUUUUUCAUCCAAUUCUAAAAUUAAGAUACAAAAUUAAAUAAAAAUGAAUUCCGAAGUUAAAGAGAACUGUGUUAUGUCUCAAGAAAAUGUCGACGCCGGCGAACGUCUAAAAUCCGAAGCUAACGAAUACUUCAAAAAACAGAAUUACAAUGCCGCUAUCGAGCUCUACUCUAAAGCAAUAGAAGCGAAUCCGACAGUAGCGAUUUAUUACGGCAAUCGCAGUUUCGCUUAUUUAAAAACCGAAUGUUUUGGAUACGCCUUAGCCGACGCUUCAAAAGCGAUCGAAUUAGACAAAAGCUACGUUAAAGGCUUUUAUCGGAGAGCGGCGGCUCAUAUGAGCCUCGGAAAAUUUAAGGAAGCCCUUAAAGACUACGAAUACGUUACUAAAGUACGCCCCAAUGACAAAGACGCCAAAACUAAAUACACUGAGUGUAAUAAAAUCGUGAAAAAGUUAGCUUUCGAGAAAGCUAUUUCAGUAGAAGAUACUAAGAAGAAUAUCGCUAGUACUAUUAAUUUAGACGCUAUGACUAUUGAAAACGAGUACACAGGCCCGGAGCUCGAGGACGGCAAAGUCACUCUACAAUUCAUGAAAGAAUUGAUGGAAUUGUACAAGAAUCAAGGGAAACUCCACAGGAAAUACGCCUAUAAAAUUUUGUUAGACGUGAAGGCUUAUUUCAUGAAGCAACCUUCGCUCAUCGACGUGGAAAUCGGCAGCGAAAACAAAUUCACCGUUUGCGGCGACAUCCACGGCCAGUUCUACGAUCUCAUGAACAUUUUUAGCUUGAACGGGCUCCCGUCGGAAACCAACCCGUACCUAUUCAACGGCGAUUUCGUCGACCGAGGUUCCUUCUCCGUUGAGUGUAUUUUCACGCUAUUCGGAUUCAAAUUGUUAUUCCCGGAUUACUUUUUCAUGUCGAGGGGGAACCACGAAAGCGCCACGAUGAACCAAAUGUACGGGUUCGACGGCGAAGUCAAAGCUAAAUACACAGCUCAAAUGGCCGAACUUUUCACGGAAGUGUACAACUGGUUACCGUUAGCUCAUUGUUUAAAUAAGCGAGUUCUCGUGAUGCACGGCGGUUUGUUCACGAGGGACGACGUGACGUUGGGGGAGAUCGGGAAAAUCGAUCGGAACCGGCAGCCCCCUGAAGACGGACCGAUGUGCGAGCUGCUGUGGUCGGACCCGCAGCCCCAGAACGGGCGAGCGCCGAGCAAGCGAGGAGUGGGGUGUCAGUUUGGCCCGGAUGUUACGAAGAAGUUCUUAGAGUUAAAUAAGUUAGAUUAUAUUAUCAGAAGCCAUGAGGUGAAAAAUAACGGAUACGAAGUCGCUCAUGACGGAAAAUGCAUCACUGUGUUCUCCGCUCCUAAUUAUUGUGAUACCAUGGGUAAUCAAGGUGCUUUUAUUACAUUAAAAGGCAAGGAUAUGGAGCCUAAGUUUACCACGUAUGAAGCAGUGGCCCAUCCUAACGUGAAGCCAAUGGCGUAUGCACACUCUCUACUAAGUUUAAUGUGCUAGUACCUGCCUUUUUAAUGUAGUUGACGUAGGUAUUUCAUCACACUUUAAUUUUUUUUGUAUUAAACUUAAUUUUUAUUGUUUCUGUUAUUUAAUUUUGUAUCAUAAUCGAAAAGAUACCUCUAGAACUAAACUAAAUAAAAUAUUUAUUUAU